AUGUUCGCAAAGCACAAGUGGAAUUCCAAGGUGAUCACAAUGGCAUAUUAUCCUGACGGUCGGCAAGAACAAUUGCUGAAGGAACAUCGUAUUGCAGAGGUGGUGGACCUCUUGCACAUGAUGAGCUAUGAUCAAGGUGGUGGGCAUCACAGCUCAAUGGAUUAUGGAAAGAGAAGCGCCGAUCAAGGGAAGGGCAUCUUGCCACCACUGCAAUUGACAAUGGGGGUGCCCUUCUACGGUCGCCACAGCCGCACUGGCGAAUGGACUACGUACGAAGACUUGGUACAGAAACACUGGCCACUGGAUCCCAAAGCGGAUUCUGUAGCAGCAGCGGGUCAAGGAUCGAUUGGUUUUAACGGCGUGGAUACUAUCCGGGAAAAGACGCUCUAUGCCUUGAAGCAAGGUUUGGGCGGUGCACCUUGCCAACAAUUCAGGGGCUGCAGCUGUUGA